CUCACGGGCAAGACGGAUUGGAGGGAGGGGAAGAGUGAGAGAGCGGACAAGACGGGAGAGAGUGCGGGCUGAUCACAGGCUGUGAACAAGAGGCAGUGAGUGGGAGAGAGGCAGAUGAGCCACAACAUCUGAAAGUUUUAAACCUGUGAUCGCGGUUGGUGAUGCGAAGAAAGACUGGGGGUUACUCCAACAUGUGGAAGCAAAACAAAUUCCACAUCAUGGACUGCUUCAGACAGAGACAGAUUUAGGUUUUACCGCUGGGGGAGGGCAUUAUCUGUCAUAUUCUUAUUUGGAGAGGAUGGAAAUAUAAAAGUUGAGACGUAGCGGCUUGGAAAAAAAUACUCGAGUUGAAACGUCAACAAGGAUGUUAAAUGUACACCUUCAGGAGCAGUGGAUGACAAGAGUAUCAACUGCCUGGGAAAGUGAGGACCCCUGAGAAUCUCAUUGCGGAAGUACUAACCGUAUUGGGAUUAUUGCCAGCAUUGGAGUUUUUUUUUGUCCCCUCCAAGCAGUGGAUUCUCUACUGAUUUUGAGCUACUCUUGUUUGUACAGGGCACAAGGGAUGAAGCAUCCUGUGCAUUGACCCUGAGCUUUCCUGCCCUACCCUGUGUCCUUGCCUGUGGGACGCAGUGACCAUGCUAAGGCCUGCUGUAACAUCUGCAGCACAAUGUCUCAAGCUGUUGUGGCUCCACUCGAGGCUAACAACUCACAGUCAGGAGAAGCACCUGAGGCUCAGCUGAAAUGGGCUGCCCUGCUCAUUGUUAUGGUCAUCAUUCCCACUAUUGGAGGAAACAUCCUGGUCAUUCUUGCUGUGUCACUUGAAAGAAAGCUGCAAAACGCUACCAACUACUUCCUGAUGUCGCUUGCUGUUGCUGAUCUGUUGGUGGGACUCCUAGUAAUGCCCAUUGCCCUCGUCACUGUUCUCUACAACUCAGGCUGGCCUCUUCCGGAUCCACUCUGCCCCAUUUGGCUGUUCCUCGAUGUGCUGUUUUCCACAGCAUCUAUCAUGCACCUAUGCGCCAUUUCACUGGAUCGCUACAUUGCCAUAAAGAAGCCAAUCCAACACAGCCAGUACAAAUCCAGAGCCAAAGCGAUGGUGAAGAUUGCACUGGUGUGGCUCAUAUCCAUUUGUAUCGCAAUCCCUAUUCCAAUUAAGGGGCUUAAAAACUACCAUCUUCCCAACAACGUCACCUUCAACAGCAACCACACAUGCAUGCUGAAAACAGACACCUUUUGGGAGUUUAUCAUGUUUGGCUCCUUGGCGGCAUUCUUCAUCCCUCUGACCAUCAUGAUGGUCAUCUACCUACUUACUGUCCGGGUGUUGCGCAAAAAGGUUUAUUUGCUCAGGUCAAAGGUGACUCAGCGCUUUAGCUACCCGACAGUCUCCACAGUUUUUCAAAGAGAACAGGCUGCGACUCCACCUCAAACUGAUCAACUUAACAUGCUGGACAGCACACUUCCCAGGAUGCAAGAAAAACCAUAUGUAGGCACAACAAACUCUCCUACAGGAGAUGAAAUGUCCUUUCGGAGAAUGUCAACAAUGGGCAAGAAGUCAAUGCAGACUCUGAGCAAUGAGCAGCGUGCCUCAAAGGUGCUAGGCAUCGUCUUCCUCCUGUUCGUAGUCAUGUGGUGCCCUUUCUUCAUCACUAAUAUCACCUCUGUGCUAUGCACAAGCUGUGAUGUUCAUGUAAUCGCCCGCCUGAUGGAGAUUUUUGUUUGGGUGGGUUAUGUGUCAUCAGGCAUCAACCCGUUGGUCUACACCCUAUUCAACAAAACUUUCAGGCAAGCGUUCACGCGUUACAUCACCUGCAAUUACGAAACCUCUGCUAGUCAUGGGCCAGGAAGGCACUCAAGGGCAUCAAAUGCAGAUCGGACCCUUACACGGAUUUCAUUCAGAUCUUCCAUGGCAGAAAACUCUAAACUGUUCAUGAAGCGGGGAAUGAAGAAUGGCAUUGGAGCAGUUGGCUACCAAAGUCCACUGAGGUGCCGACAAGCAUCUGUACAGUCAUCUGGUGGUGUUUUGUUAGACACAAUGCUUCUGACUGAAAACGAAGCUGGUAAGCAGGCAGAACAUGUUAGCUGUGUAUAGAGAUACCAGACAAUUGAAUCAAAUAAAAAAAUAAAAAUAAAUAAAAAAUAAAAAAGGUAGCAAUUGAAAUGGAUCAAAAUCAUGGUGCAAACUUUUUAUCUCUUUAAAGAUAAAGGCUAGCCCACAACAAAUAUUCAAAAUGCAUCAUUCUGAAUCAGCGGUUACUCUCAAUUUGAUUACCAAAUAAUUUAACGCCAGUGUCAACUGUACACUACAUAACAACACAAUGUAACCUGCUGCUGUCUGGUUUGUCGACAUCAGUAAAGUUUUUUUUAACAAAAGCAAAAUAAGGAAAUAUUUUCAAUUAUGCUCAUUUUGGAAACACAAAUUUAAUCCAUAAGUCAAACUCUAUUAUACCUGAAUAUAUAUUUCUCACUGGGUCUUUAAGACAGGCCAUAUUAAUAAUGUGAAGACAGUCAGUUCAUAGUGUACCAGAAGAGAGUUUGAGUUUUCAAACGUUAUAAAACCUUGAGAUGACCUGUAACAGGUCGACUAAAAAAACAAAAGCGGAUGUCCUCUACGAAAGGUCUAAAGUCGACAAAGUUCAAGCCACCAAACAAAAAUGUAAGGAAUGAAGACAUAAUGAUAACCUGGAAACCCUCUGUGAAUGCAGAAUACAAUAUAUUCCUAUGCAGAUUCUUUUAACUUGGGCUAUCUUAAUAUGAUGUAAACCAUCUCAGACCACAUGCUUAUAUUUUGUAAGACAAACACAACUCUACCUUUCAAAUCUUUUCUGCAACGGACACAUAAAAUACAUUGCACUCUUGAAAUGAUACUAAUUGUAUUUGCUGGACCUUUGAGAAUCACUCCUCUUGUAUGUGUAUUGCAGCUUGAUGUUUUUAUUAUAGAAAACUAAAUGUGUUCAAUAAAAAAAAAGAAAAAAAAGUUGGUUGCUGAACUGAAAACACUGCACUAGUUCAGAGUACAUAUGUUCUCUUACUGUCUACACCUUUAUGCCACUUUGUCAUCAGCAGGUAAAAAAAAUUUUCUUCCCUUUUCAUGAAACGGCGUUGACCGAAGCACAACAGGACAGCCAAAUAAACUGUGUAAAUUAGGCAGCCUCAAAAGAUCAGCAAAUACCAGAAUAGUACAGUACGCUGUGUAAGCACUAUUUCUUUUUACAGUCCCUUAAUGCAUACAACAGCUGUUUGUAGCAUUGUACUACAGACAUCCAAACACAUAAUAGUUUAAUCAGUCUAAAUUAAACCUAGUUAACAAAACAUAUGGAACAGUUUUCGAUCAAUGUGGCAACAAAAAUGAGAUCUGGAUAAGGUUCCACGAGCUUGUAGGAGUUUGGAAUGUGCCAGGGUUUUAUUAUUGCCUAGACCAACGCGGUCUCAUUGUUAACGAACAGAAACUCUGUUGAUUUUGUAAGAAUAGUAAAGACUUAGGACAUUUGAACUUAAAACGCUUCUUCUUGUGUGCUAGUGUACAUGUUGGGGGAGUGAAGGGAGUUAUUCUUGAACCAUUAGGAAGUUGGAGAACAGGAGGACAACAGAAUUGUUCUGGUUCAGCAGUUUUUCUAAACCCAGUGAAGAUUUACACAAAGUGUAUUUAUUAUUAUUAAAGCUUAAAAUGUACACCCUGAUAUCUGUGCACUGGCUAGGCACUCUGUUUUACACUGUUCUGGUCUCUAAUGGGUAAAUUCAGUUGGUCUGGGAGUGAUGAAUCCCUAUAAAUA